AUGUCAAAUUCUUCCACCUCUCAACAGAAGGCGAAGGAGAAGGCCGUUGACCCCGAGCCGAUCCAGGAUGGCGCUCACCCAGACGACUCCGACGAGGAUGAAUCUGGCUCGGAGGUCGGGGUCGAGCCCGAAAAUAUCGCGGGCUCGUCCAACCUCCAGGCAACAUCUCCGUCCACUGCAGGAAAGAAGAAGAAGAAGAAGCGGUCAAAGGCGAUCAAGGCUCUGAACGCGCUUCGCCCCGGCGGUAGCAAGGAGAUCCCGGAGGAUGUCGUCAAUCUAGUGCUCGACAAGGUCCGUGCCGAGGGUGGUGAAGCUGCCGCGAAUGCGGACUCGGAGACUGUUAGGAUGGCGCUUGAGCAGAUGAAGUUGAAAGAGCUUUUGCAAGGCAAGUCGGGCAUUGGGGGGAAGAACAAGAAGGAGACUGGGGGCACAAGGUCUUUCUGGGCCACCCAGCCGGUGCCACAACUAGGCGAGCAGCCCUCGGAAGUAGAUGGGUAUAUUGAACCUUCCAAGCCUCGGGAAGAGGUUCGGCAAGACCCAUAUCCUCUACCCAAGGAAUUCAUGUGGUCCACCAUUGACAUUACAGAACCUGCACAGCUGAGGGAGCUGUAUGAGUUGCUCUCCGCGAAUUAUGUAGAGGAUGAUGAUGCGUCGUUCCGCUUCCAAUAUUCUGCGGAAUUUCUCUCUUGGGCUCUCAUGCCGCCAGGCUUCCACAAAGACUGGCAUGUGGGUGUUCGUGUAAGCUCGAGCAAGAAGUUAGUCGCAUUCAUUUCUGCGGUGCCCAUUAGGGUGCGUGUACGUGAAAACCAAUUCGAUGCAUGCGAAGUCAACUUUUUGUGUGUUCACAAGAAGCUGCGGUCUAAGCGGCUGGCUCCCGUGCUCAUCAAGGAGGUUACUCGGCAAUGCCACCUUCAAGGGUCAGGCGUCCUCCUGCCGACGCCAGUAUCCAGCUGUCGGUACUUCCACCGCUGCCUGAACAUCCCAAAGCUCGUCGACGUCCGCUUCACCGCCGUGCCCUCUAACAUGACCAUGGCGCGCAUGAUCCGCGUACACAAAGUCCCCGACCGCCCGCGCCUGCUCGAUCACGGUCUGCGAGAGAUGACGGACAACGACGUCCCGCAGGUCGCCGAACUCUAUGCGCGCUACAUGCAGCGCUUCGAUAUGGUCCCCGUCAUGUCUCACGACGAGGUCCGCCACCAGUUCCUCAGCGGCCGCGGCGCGGGCCCGCACGGGCCCGACGCGUGGAAGAGCCCGCGCGAGGGCCAGGUCGUGUGGACGUACGUCGUCGAAGACCCGCAGACGAAGCGGAUCACUGACUUCUGGUCAUUCUACUCCCUGCCCUCGACCGUCAUCCGGCACCCCAAUCACAAUGUCCUCAACGCCGCGUACCUCUACUACUACGCGACCGCGACCGCGUUCGAGCCCGGCGCGGAGGCGGCCGGCCGGCUGAAGCGGCGCCUGGAGGACCUCAUUGGCGACGCCCUCACCUUCGGACAAGGUGAUGGUCUCCUUAAUUUCUACCUGUACAACUGGCGCACUGCUCCUUUGGCUGGUGUGACUGAGGUUGGGGGCACGGCUGCUGGCAAAGGUGUCGGGGUUGUAAUGUUGUAA